AUGGACUGGGAGCCACCGCUGCCCGAAGGCUACGAUGAUAGCAACCGUGCCUUCGUGCAAGCGUUUAUGGCGCGAGGCACCCUCACGUUCCCUGAAGCGCAGCGCAUCCUGGCCGCUAUCGUCAGUGCGCAACGAGGUGGCGAGAGGGUCGAUCCCGAUUCCGUCGAGCGAGAAGACUUCGAAGGAUACAUCGCCAUGGCCCGCGAGGCUGUGUCGCCCCUGGAUUUCGACGUCCGAAGCACGAUGCAUCAAGUCAAGAAGGAGCGCCUCUGGGCGCUUAUCAACGCCCAUAGCGACCCUUCGACACAGUUAGCGACGUCGCAUACUCCGGAUGAGAUCUCAUUCAUCAAGAGGCUUCUAGAUGCCAUGUUCGAGACAUACAACUCGCGGAGAAUGGAGGUCAUGGCGGUGACUGCUCCGCAGGCGCGAAAGCUCGCACGACCGGUGCGGAAUCCCCAGCAGAAUGGGGAUGGAGAAGCCUCGCAAACAUCUUCAGACAAGGGCCUCAAGCAUAGUGAGGUUGAGGCCCUGCUGGUCAGUCUUGUGGAUGAAGGAUGGCUGGAAAAGAGCCGGGAGGGAUUCUACAGCCUCAGCCCCAGAGCUCUCAUGGAGCUAUGGUCAUGGCUGAUGGCUUCAUACAAUGAUCCUGAUGCAGGCGAUGAUGAAUGGCAGCGGAUCAAGUUCUGCGAAGCAUGCAAAGAGAUUGUCACAGUGGGCCAGCGGUGCGCAGAGAGGGACUGCAACACGAGAUUGCAUGAUAUCUGCGAGAAUGCGUAUUGGCGUACCAGACGAGAUAAAAAGUGCCCACGAUGCGAGCGGCCUUGGACUAGCAAGCAUUUUGUCGGAGAGCGGGCCGUCACAGAGACAGAAGCUUUCCAGAGGGGUCGGCGCCGAGGUAGCGGCAGAAGAAGUGAUCUUGCCGAUUCAAUCAUGCAGCAGGAUGACGAAGACGACGAUCAAGACGGCGUGGACGAAGCGGACGAGGACAUGGAUGGUCAGGCAUGA